AAAACUACUGCGCAUGUACGUGCACUAUGCUCCGCCAUCCAGUGGGGUAAUCGUCUUCCUCUUUGGAGAGAACUUCGCCUGCCUAUGCAUUGGAUUUGAUUAUAUUUCUGUUUCGGUCCUCGGUAUGGACUCUCAAAAAGAGGCCUUACAAAGAAUAAUAACUACGUUGGCCAAUAAAAAUGAGGAGCUCCAUAACUUCAUGGAAACACUUAGUCACUCUCUGGCUGGUGUCCAGGUGAACUCCCCACAAGCAGUGUCCGACCUGGAGGAGGAGUUUGACAUGUUAUUCACCGUCCUGGUUGAGGUGAAGGAGAGCAUGAUCAACCGCAUCAAACAGGAAGGGGCCAAGAAGACACAGGAACUACAGCAUCAACUGACACAGAGCGGCAGUGCCUUGGAGAGUGCAGUGGAGCUGCUGGAGUUUGCAAACAAUGCUCUGGAUAUUAAAGACGAGGACGAGUUCACGAAGGCUGCCAAGCAGAUCAAAGAUAGGGUAACCAUGGCCCCAGCCUUCAGAUUGACCAUGAAGCCCAAGGCCACAGACAACAUGAACCAUCUCAUGGCGGACUUCAACCAGGAACGGCAACUCCUCCAGAACCUCAAGUUUCUGCCUGUCCCUCGAGCCCCAGAGAUAGAGGUAGGGGACUGUCUGGUUUUAGACAACACGGUGUCCAUAGCCUGGAAGAUGCCAGUGGAGGACAGCAAGAUAGACCACUACAUACUGGAGUACAGAAAGACCGACCACGAAGGACUGCCACGCAUCAAAGACGAACGAUGCUGGGAGGUGGUGGAUAACAUCAAGACCACAGAAUACUCACUGUCCGGUUUAAAGUUUGACUCCAAGUUCAUGAACUUCCGGGUACGAGCUUGCAACAAGGCAGCAGCUGGAGAAUACUCUGAUCCAGUUACCCUGGAAACCAGAGCGUUUAACUUCGGUUUCGACUCGUCGUCGUCCCAUCUGAACCUGAAGGUAGAGGACAGGACUGUGGAGUGGGACCCCCAGGGGGGCAAGGGGCUGGAGAGCAAGGUCAAGGGCAAGGAGAACAAGGGCAGCGCUCAUCUUACCAAUCUGAAGAACAUGUCAAGAAGUGGAACUCCGUCUCCCAAGAGAACGUCAACGACACGGUCACCUGCCAUCAGAGGAGGCAGAGACCGGUUCACUGGAGAGUCCUACACCGUGCUAGGUGAUACCAGUAUGGACUGUGGUCAACACUACUGGGAGGUGAAAGCUCUUAAAGACUGUAAGUCCUACAGUGUUGGAGUCUCCUACAGGAACCUGGGAAAGUUUGACCAGCUGGGUAAGACCAACACUACCUGGUGUAUCCACAUCAACAACUGGCUGCAGGCCUCCUUCGCUGCCAAGCACAACAACAAGGCCAAGAACCUGGACGGCACCGUACCGGAUCGCAUCGGAGUCUUCUGUGACCUGGAUUCAGGACAACUGUCCUUCUACAACGCUGAAACCAAGCAGUUGAUCCACACGUUCAAGGCUAAGUUUAACCAACCUGUCGUACCGGCCUUCAUGGUAUGGUGCGGAGGACUGAGCCUAAGUACAGGGAUGCAGGUCCCCAGUGCAGUCAAGAGUUUCCAGAAGACCGAGAACGGCCUGGGAGGAUCCAACAGCAGCCUCAACAGCAUGGCCCAGUAGCCCACACUCACUGGCUACAUCUGGAACAGCACCCUAUUCUCUACUCAGUGCACUACUGUUGCUCUAUGCGGGCUCUAGUCAAAAGUAGUGCACUAUGUAGGGAAUAGGGUUCUAUAGGGCUCUGGUCUAAAGUAGUGCACUAUAUAGGGAAUAGGGUUCCAUAGGGCUCUGGUCUAAAGUAGUGCACUAUAUAGGGUUCUAUAGGGCUCUGGUCUAAAGUAGUGCACUAUAUAGGGUUCCAUAGGACUCUGGUCUAAAGUAGUACACUAUAUAGGGUUCCAUAGGGCUCUGGUCUAAAGUAGUGCACUAUAUAGGGAAUAGGAUUCCAUAGGGCUCUGGUCUAAAGUAGUGCACUAUAUAGGGAAUAGGGUUCUAUAGGGCUCUGGUCUAAAGUAGUGCACUAUAUAGGGAAUAGGGUUCCAUUUCGGACGCAACCACUGAUGAACUGAACUCGCUCCUCUGACUUCCUGCUUUCUGUGCAAGUACAACCCCUUCCUGUUUCUGAUCUGUCAGUCAACCCGAGCUGCCCGCUGCAGAUGCACUGCGAAACAUGAGAAACCCUGAGCAUUGGAGGAACAAAACCAGCCUCGCCUUCACUCCUCGCAGUUUAACCAAGCCGCUCCAGACUCCUUAGAAGGGGUAUCAUCACGCAUCAGAGCUCUCCAAGCCUGUUCCUGGAGAGCUACCGUCCUGUAGGUUUCCACUGACCCUAACCUAGCACACCUGAUUCCCAAUAAUAAUAGCUGAUUGAUAAGCUGAAUCAUGUGUUGGAGUGAAACUGGGGUUGGAGUGAACCUUUCAGGAGGGUAGCUCUUAAGGAACAACCAAUAACCCAGCUGCAGCAUUAAGGGUUAGUGGAACCCUCCUAUCCGUGUUCCAGAUCGCUUAGGGUUCGAACAUUUAAAAUUAAGAUUCUCAUUCUGGAUCAGGAAUGCUAGACGUUUAAUCAGGGAAUAGAUGAGUGCACUUUGUUUUCUCUCCUUUUUUGUUUUAGUUUAGAAUGCUGAGUUUCUAGAUCAUUCUGUCUCUCUCUCUCUCUCUGAAGUGUGAACGUCCGUUUUUUUUUUGGCAUGACGAGAAAACCAUGUUGAUUUACUUAAUAGCUCCUAUAUUGACUCGUAUAUUUCUGUGUGUGUGUGCGUGUGUGCGUGUGUGUGUGUGUGUGGUUGUGUAUGACUAUAGCAGUCAUGUCAGUGAAUGGAUUAUAUCUCCUCUCUCUCUCGUAGAGAGGCGUCGCUUUGGUUUGAACCCUCAGUUUCUUCACUACUGAACGAUCUCUUGUCCGAACUAAACUGCAGGUUUGCACUAAAUACAGUACCUGAAGUAGGGUUGACUUAACUGAAGUGAUGGAGUACUGUUGCACAGGGAAUGAUACCAUAUGAUCGAGGUCUGUUUUCUUCUCAUGCUUACAUGUCCUGUGCACCGGGCUUAGUGUGACCCUGUGUUAGGCGUCCCAAAUCGCACCCUACUCCCUAUAUAGUGCACUACUUCUGACCAGGGCCCCCUAUGACGAUCCCUGGUCAUGCACUAUGGCCCUAUGGCGCCUGGGCAAAAGUAGUGCCCUAUAUUGAAGGACUAGGGUAUCGUUUGGGAAGCAGCCUGUGAACCUAGACGUCAAGAGUGUGUUGAUCCGUGUCUGUACGUCAUUUGAGUUUUGUGUGUUCUUAUUCAUGUCUUAUUGGCGCCCUAUUCCCUUUUAUCGUGCACUAGUGCCCUAAAUAGGGAAUAGGGUGCCGUUGAGGACUCUCCCAUUACUGUAUCUUUUAAAGCAUUCAGAAGUUAAUCUCAUGAUAUGGCUCACAAACGCCAGGUCUUAAAUGAGGUACCUUUUUUUUUUUUUUUUAAAGGGUGAUAGACAUCAGAUAUACACUGAGUGUGAAAAACAUUAAGGACACCUUCCUAGUGUUGAGUUGCACCCCCCUUUUGCCCUCGGAACAACCUCAAUUCGUAGGGGGCAUGAACAAGGGGUUGAAAGCGUUCCACAGGGAUGCUGGGCCCAUGUUGACUCCAAUGCUUCCCACAGUUGAGUCAAGUUGGCUGGAUGUCCUUUGGGUGGUGGACCAUUCUUGAUACACAGGGAAGCUGUUGAGCGUGAAAAACCCAGCAGCUUUGCAGUUCUUGACACACUCAAACCGCUGCGCCUGGUACCUAGUACCGUACCCCGUUCAAAGGCACGUCAAUCUUUUGUCUUGCCCAUUCACCCUCUGAAUGGCACACAUACACAAUCCAUGUCUCAGUUGUCUCAAGGCUUAAAAAUCCUUCUUUAACCACCUGUCUCCUCCCCUUCAUCUACACUGACUGAAGUGGAUUUAACUGGUGACAUCAAUAAGCGAUCGUAGCUUUCACCUGGAUUCACCUGGCCGGUCAUGGAAAGAGCAGGUGUUCUUAAUGUUUUGUCCACUCAGUGUCUACAUGAUUAUAUUGAUACAUUCAGUUAGAAUGAGAUGUCUGUCAAAUUGUGUCAAAACCACCAAAGAUUAAGUUUAGUGAGGGGAAAUUGAUAUGGGAAUACUUUAUAUUCUGCCACCUGGUGUCUGGGGGAUGUCACUGCAAUAGUUCAGGACGAGAUCCUAAAGCCAGACACAUCUCUGACCACUGCACACUACAGCCAGACACACCUCUCUGACCACUGCACACAAUAGUUUUCUCAAUACAUUACUUAGUUUUGGGAUUUUAUUUUGAAAUAAUAAUUUUAUUUGACAUAAUUUAGGCAUAUCGGUGGUCUCAAUGCUGAAUAUGUCACAUUUACCUGGAUUAUUAGACGGAUUCAAACUAAUUAACUAACCCUUUGGUGCAUCAUUAUCAUGUUAUGUAUACUGGUCGAACUCUUUUCAAUGUUUGGUUAUUUCAUUUUCUACCGUGUUUUCCAUGCUGCUGUUCUGUUCUGUGUUGGGCCGUUCGAGGGAGAAAGACAUCUCCGGUUGUCUUCAUGUGGGCCAACCUUUUCAGUUAUACUGUAUUCACAUUUAUUUGUGAUAUUUAACCGCAAACAUGUGACUCUUUAGAUAUGUCCACCUCUCCGUUGAAACACCAAAUAAACCGUUUUCACCCCUGGCAAAAA